CCCCUCUAUAAAUACCCGCUGCGGAGCGGGCUGGCAGCGGCCGGGGCCGCGGCUGAGGCACCAGCUCAGCUGCCGGCCAAAGACAGGGUGAGAAAAAUUACCUGUAACUCACGCUUUGAAGAGGUGAGCGAACACAACUGCUCCUACUUCAAGCACUUCACACCAGGACAGAGCUCAGAGAUAUUUGAAGUAACCACCCAGAAAGAAUACAGCAUUUCAGCUGCAGCCAUUGCCAUCUUCAGCGUUGGCUUUGCAAUCAUCGGAACGAUCUGCGUCCUCUUGUCCUUCAGGAAGAAGAGGGAUUACCUGCUGAAGCCAGCAUCCAUGUUCUACACCUUCGCAGGUCUCUGCAUCAUCAUCUCUGUUGAAGUCAUGAGACAAUCCGUGAAGAGGAUGAUCGACAGCGAGGAGACAGUCUGGAUCGAGUACAGUUACUCCUGGUCCUUCGCCUGUGCCUGCGCCUCCUUCGCCCUGCUCUUCGUCUGCGGCAUCGCCCUCCUCCUGAUCGCGCUGCCUCGCUUCCCCCAGAACCCCUGGGAGACCUGCAUGGAUGCAGAACCGGAGCACUGAUGCUCCCAGCACCCAGGAAAAAAUCCAGAGCGCGUUCUGAAAGGAUUGGUAUUUUUUAAGAUGUCUGGGCCGCACUAUACGAUGUGCACUCUGUUAACGAAGUCGUUACUGAACCAAGGCAUGUCC